AACCACCGGCCAUCCACCGUCGUUCGGCAUUCCUCGACCCCUUCAGUUCUAGCCAGGUGCUCUUAUCGUCCUGGCCGUGCCAGUUUCUUUCGAUUUUAAUUUCGACGUACAUUCACAAUGGGUUGUUCAGGGAGAGUAAAGGAGGACGACAUCCGACCCGAGCAGAAAUGGGAGUUCAUCAGUCUCAAUGAUUUCCACUCAACAUCGUGCCUCAACCCCUUCGCAUACGGUUACCUCUGGCUCUCGCUCAUAAUCUCCACUGCCGUCUACGCCGUUGAUACCUUCACGGCUGUCAAUCUUCUGGCCUUCAAUAAAUGGUCUGGAGAGAUCAAGCCAUACAUUCCCCUCGAUGUCUCCAAAUGGAUCUUCUCCGCAUGUAUCAUCGCUUCUUGGGUCAAUCUUGGAUUUGAACAUCUUCGUGCGUUGAGGGUUAUCAAGAGAGGUGCUGUCGCAGAGAGUUUCCUGGAUUCACUGGCAGUCAGACUGCAGAGUGUCAGACUUGGAAAAGCAAGAGGUUGGAGGCGUUUCUUGGUAUUCGCAGAGUUGACCAAGUCCAAGAAAGGGGCUGAAUAUGUAGCCCUAUUCACAUACUUCUCCUUCCAGUCCUGGAUUCGGAUCAUUUUCUGCCAAGGACCACGACAAGUCAUCAAUGCUUUGACACUCUACUCCGUGUUCAUAGCGAAGCUCGACCCUAACAAUGCAAACGACGUUGGCUCAACGCUCCUUGGAUUCUUCAAGAAUAUUGGCCUUCUCGCCCAGCAAGAGCAUCAACAAGCUGUUAUUCUAUCUGGAAUGACCUUCACACUCGUUAUUUGGGUCUUUGGGGCAUUGUCACUCUUGCUUGCCAUGCUCUUCUACGUCUUUUUCCUUUGGCAUUAUAUCCCCAACGCCGAUGGAGGCCUUGCUGGAUAUUGUGAGCGCAAGGUCAACCGUCGAUUGGCGAAGAUUGUCAGUGUCAAGGUCAAUAAGGCUAUCGAGGAGGAAGAGCGCAAGAGAUUGAAGGCGGAUGCAAAGGCAGUGAAGAAGGGAGAGAUGCCUGCUUUCGGACGACAAGCUACAUUACCAACACUGCUCGAUCAGAAGUCCGAAGACAAGCUCCCUGGAAUGCCAAUGCUUAACCGCAACGAUACCAUGAUGACUCUGCCCCAGUACUCAAGCCGACCUGGAACCCCAAGUGGUCAACCUACUCUUCCUGCUUUCGAACUCGAUCAAUUGGAUCAGAAGCGUCCUUUCCCAAAUCGAUCUGCCACGGGUUCCUCUGCUGUAUCUGGUCAAAGUUUUGGAUCAAAUGCUCCAUUGAUGGGUAAUGCAUCAGACAUUGGCUACGCUCGUGCUGGUUCCCCUGCACCAUCUCUCCCACCUCUGGACACAAAUGGCUUCCCAGCAGCACCUCAACGCACAAUGACAGCCAAUUCACAAAACAGUAACUGGAGCCGCGGCCCUCAGCCACCCCGAAUGCCGUCUGCAAUGGGUGACCGAGGCUACACCCAGAGUCCAGUCUCCUACACCGACAACUACAGUCCCCGCUCCCAACCCAGCAUGGACAACUUCGGCCGUCCCAUGCCACGACAAGUCGAGGACCUGCGGUCCAACAGCAUGUCAAACCAAGGUCCUCCCGGUCGCCGCCCCACCUUCGACCAAAACUACCCCGGCGGACGCUCCAGCCCAUUACCCGGUUCAGACUACGGCCGGAACUCGCCUGCUCCAAGUCAAGGCCGUGGCCCAACAAGCCCCACGAACAGCAACGGCGGCUACCAAUCCUACAACCCUGGUAACCGCUCAGCAUCCUCCGCUUCCCUCGCGAAUCCCAACUUUCCUCAACGUCAACCGCAGUACAGAAAUAUGACGGACCCGGGACCACGGGGUCAGCCUGAGGGAGGAGAUUACUUUGGUAAUGCGAACGCGCCGCCGAUGCCGAGACCGGGAACGGGACAGAGUAAUAGGAGUGCGGGCGGCAGUGGCUCUGGCCCGAGUAUCGCGAGGUUAGCGAGCCCAGCGCCGUAUAAUGGGGGCGGGAGGCAGAGUCCGGGUUUCCCGAGUCCGAUGUAUCGAAGAUAGAUGAGGGGAGAGGGAGGGGAUUGUAUAUUACGAAGAUGAAGAUGGAAAGUAGGGGAGGAUUUCACGAAUGAUGAAGCGAAUCAGCCAGCAAGUGCAUAAUUGUAUUUCCCUUUUUUUUUUUUU